AUGCCAACUGGAAGAUGUCGAUAUUGUUUAAAAUCACUUAACAAAAAAUCUAUGACUAAAAUACCAAAAAAUCCCACAUUGAGACAAAUAUGGAUAGAUAUUCUUGGAGAAAAAUUUGCCGAAACUAUGAAGAUUGUGGGAAUGGAACAGAAUAUGUAUUUUGGUCAUAUUUGCAGAACACAUUUUGAAGGAGCUCCCAAAUAUAGAUCAGCAGAUUGUUUUCCGAUUCGGAUGACUGGAAGAGAAGAGAAUGAAGCAAGAGAGAGAGCUUCGAGAAUUCAAAAAAGUGAGUGUUUUUUUCUGAAAAACUGGGGAAAAAACUCGGGAAAAUUCAUGAAAAUGAUCCACAGAUGGUAUGAUUUUUCAAAAAAAAAAAAUGCAGAGUUUUCAGGUAGAUGGAUCAACUGAUUUCUCUGCAAAUUCGACUGAUGAAAAUAUUUGCCGGAUUUGCGAUGUAAAAUUCGAUCCAUUAAUUUACAAAAUUCCGAUUCCAACAAGAUAUGAACACGUCAACAAAUUUUCCGAAAUUUUCGGACAAGGAUUCAUGGACAGAAUAAUUGAACAUCCUGAGCCACACUUCAUGUGUUUUUCUCACGUUCUUGAGAAACAUUGCGAAACACCUGGAAUUUUCGAUUUUUUUAAGAGACGUUUUUUGUAA